AUGUCCUCGACCGUACACGCAAACGGCGACGCAUCGCGCGAGCCGCCUCGCCGACAAACCUUUGACCCCUUCGCACCACUCUCAUCCACCUCGACAAACGGCCGACCUCCCUUCCCUCAACCUUCCUCGCCCAAAAUCCCGACAAGCUCGUUCGCAUCGCACAACGAGUCGCCGACCGUCUCGCGCGCCGCCCCGCCUUCCAGCCUCUACGUUCCUUCCGCGCCUUCCAACGGUGGUGCCGGAGUCGACACUCCCUCCGCCACCGCCUGGGGCUUCGACAACAACACGCCCGCCUUGAGCCGAAGCAACUCGCUUGCAGUCGCCUCUCCCGCGUUCCCCCCAACAAGCCCCUCGCACAUCCACCCCUCGUACGCCGACUCGCCCCACGCUCCGCUCCUGCAGCAAUCCCCUCCCGAACCGACCGAGCCGCCGAAACAACUGCAUUCGGCGAUCCCGAUCGCACCGGAGAGCGCCGGCGGCGGAGGGGACAUGUCGUUCUCGACUUCGACGCCUCGAAGUCUUGCGCGGACACCGUCGCCCAACUUUGGGUCCAAGUCACGCAGCGGGUCCGCCCAGCAUGGGCACGGGCACAACUUUUCCGUCGGGACGCACGGUCUCCUCUCGUCGCGACAGGUGUUGGGCACGUCCCGCCUCGCCCAGUCGCUCGACACGCCCUCGUGCUGGCUCGCGCUCUACUUCGCCUUCAACCUCGGCCUGACGCUCUUCAACAAACUCGUCCUCCAGGGCUUUCCCUUCCCUUGGACGCUCACGGCGAUUCAGAUGUUGAGCGGGACAAUAGGGACGCAGGUCCUGCUCCAGAGGGGCGUCUUCACCCAGGCGCGACUGACGACCAAGGAGAAUGGCAUCAUGGUCAUGUUUUCCGGACUGUACACGAUCAACAUUGCCGUCAGCAACCUCAGUCUGCACCUCGUCUCAGUACCGUUCCACCAAGUCGUCCGCGCGAUGACGCCCCUCUUCACGAUCCUCAUCACGAUGGUCUUUUUCCGCAAGCGGCACUCGCGGCAAACCUACCUCUCGCUCCUCCCCGUCGUCGCAGGCGUCGCCUUCGCCACGUACGGGGACUACUCGUUCACCGCCUGGGGCUUCAUCCUCACCCUCCUCGGGACGCUCCUCGCCGCGCUCAAGACCAUCAUCACGAACCGAGUCCAAGUCGGCCGACUCAAGCUGCACCCGCUCGACCUCCUCGUCCGGAUGAGCCCGCUCGCGUUCAUGCAGUGCGUCUUCUUCGGAUGGUGGAGUGGAGAGUUGGAUCGCGUCAGGGUCUAUGGCGCGACGGAGAUGACCCGCCACAAGGCCAUCGCGUUGGCGGUCAACGGCGCGAUCGCGUUUGGGCUCAACAUUGUCAGCUUCACGGCGAACAAGAAGACGAGCGCGUUGACGAUGACUGUUGCGGCCAAUGUCAAGCAAGUGCUCGUCAUCGUCCUCGCGGUCCUCAUCUUCAACGUCUCGCUCAACCCGACCAACCUCUUCGGUAUCUCCCUGACCCUCAUCGGCGGAGCCUGGUACGCCAAAGUCGAGUUGAACGAGAAGAACGCCCGAGCAGCUGCCGCCGCAGCGCAGAACAGCCUCUCGCCCAUGCCGCCGAGCAACGAGAAGCUUGGUUGA